CACAGGAGGCGGGUUUUUCGGAAUACGGGUAGGACGGGAAUUGAGGUGUGUUUAUUCAGACAGUCUGGGUUCUCAAAGUCCUUCCUGUAUUUCAUGAGAGCAGAGAGGGAGUGAAGUCUUCCGGAAGUUACAUUUCAGCAAUACAGUGUCUCAUUUCACCCUGAAGGAAUCCUCAUAAAUCCCACCUCUCCUCUGGAACACUGAUGAAGACUGAACACACAGCGAGUCCUCAGGGUGAGAAGUGAGCGAUGCCUCUGUUUCGUCAGGCCGAGGUCAGACAGGAGAGGGAGAGAGAGGGGACGAAGAGGAAGAGUCAUCAGUAUGAGUGUGAUGAGGAAGACGAGGACGAGCCUUCAUCGCUGAGGCGUCUGUGUGUCUUCAGCCUGGCGGAGAACAUGAAGGACGUAUGGACGCAGGACUACGCCAACAACUACAUGGAUCAAUACUUCUUCCGAUACGUCAUGGGGCCCUUCAGCCUCCUGCCAGGAGAUCUGAUCGAGGAGCUGCUGUGUGUUCUGUCUCAGAGGAAGCUGCUGUCUCGUGCAGCUCUGCAUCUCCUCCUGCUGCCACAACUACACACACUCUCACUGUCACAGUCCGGUAACCUCGUCACCGCCAACCUGUGCAGCCUGAUUACUGUGCGCUGUCAGUUUCUGAAGUGUUUAGAUCUGAGUGGAGCGCAGAACGUCUCCUCUGCCACUCUGUGUUCUCUCCUCAGCGACCUGUCCUGCCUUCACUCUCUCUCUCUGGCUGGAACGCUAUGCGACCGUGCCGCGAUUGCUACGGUGGCCCGGCGGUGCUCGCUUCUUCAGCACCUGGAUGUUUCCCGCUGCCUCCACCUACCCCCGGCUGCCCUGUUGCCCCUGGCGCUGCAAGGACCUAAACGUCUCGCCAGCUUGCUGGCCCUGGACAUCGGUUUAGGAGAGCAUGAGGAUGACGGACCGGCUUCGGCUGCCUUCCUCCUGCUCGGCGUGUCCGGUCUGCAGCGGCUGGCGAUCGAGGGUCUCGGACACGCUUGUGCGAUCAUCCAGAAUCGGGAUUUCGCUGUGACGGAUGGGUUUACCGCCCGAGAGGGCGUGCCGUGUCUUGGGGAAUUAUGGGAUGCAAGAGUUCAGGAAAAAGAAGUGAGGGAGGAUGAGGAGGAUAGAUUCACUUUGGAGGAGAAAAUGGACAGAUCCUUGAGUUUGGAUGAAGGCAGAAGAACAGACGCACCAAGGGGACGUUUUAAAUUACGCCUCCGAGAGGUACAUGGACUGACCCUCGACAGUCUGGAUGCUGUCAGCAACGUCUGCCCUGAUGUUCACUCUGUAUCGCUAAACUGCCAUGAUGAUGAUGAUGAUGAUGAUGAAGGUUCCUCCCAGAGUAUAUGUUUGACUCGGGGCUUGACUCGGUGGUCAGGUCAACUGCACUUCCUCUCUCUGCAGUUCUCCGGCCCGCUCUCAGAACUGGUUCCUCCUCUGCAGGUUUCCGGGUCUUGUCUCCUCUCCCUCACACUGGAGGGCCUCCAAGCCGACGGAAACCUGCCUCUCAUUGCACUCCUGCGUGCCUGCCCUAAACUCGCCUCUCUCACACUCCACAUCGACCCUCCACGUUCCAACCAGGAAGAGGAUAACGAUGAUGAUGAUGAAGACGUAGAAGACUGGGAUUUACCGUGUCUUCCACACCUCCGCACUUUAACACUAAUGUUUUCCUUGGAGGAGAGCCGGCUGAAGCCUGUGCUGUGCUGGACUUCCCUGAAGGGGGUGCUGUGGUCCUUGCUGAGAGGCUCCGUGCAGCUCCACACGCUGUCUCUGAUCGCCACUCCUUGUCGCCUGGAUCCGGUGUUCAGACUGGUCCUGGAUCGCCAUGCCGAACCGCUGCGGCGUCUCAGACGUGUCAGCCUGCAGCGCUCUGACGUCACCAUGGAAACGGCAACGCGGCUCGUGGACUCCUGCCGUCGCUUGAUCAGUCUGGAUGUGAGCAGCUGCUGGUCUCUGACUCGGAGCAAUGUCACUAAAUUACAGAGCCGAGCCAGGAGGAGGCGCCGUCAACUCCACAUCACAUGGACAUGAGGCGGAGAGGAAGUGCAUUAUUUUUAUAUUUAUAUAUAUAUAUAUAUAUAUAUAUAUAUAUAUAUAUAUAUAUAUAUAUAUAUAUAUAUAUAUAUGAUCAAGGUUUACCAGUGAAGUCAGGAUUCUUUUUAAAUCGUUCUCUUUGUUUAAUGGUUUGAGCUGUCUGUCUUUUUAAAGAUACCAGACACUACUAUUUUAUUCAUGAAGUAUAACACUGUUCUGUCUUCUCAGAUUCAGUGUGUGUAAAUGUUUACAGUUGGCCAUGCUGUCAUAUCUGUGCACUUUUACUUUAAUAUAUCAUGAAUUGAUAAGAUUUUCAUUUUACAAUUGGCCUUGCACUUGCUUCUUUGACAUUUUUUUUCUUUUUUGUCACGACGGACUGGUACAUUCUUUGUCUACUCUGCAUGUGUUAUUAUAAUGCUGCAGUUUUGUUGUUCCUUUCUUCCUUUUUUAUUUUCCGUUACAAGAAAUAAAUGAAAAGACUCUGA